CACAGAAUGCAGCCAUUAAACAUUAAAACUAUUAAUGAGAGUUAAAACUUUUGUGUGUAAAAUAAUCAGAUUAUUCGGCUAUGUAAGGUAGGUUUGACAGAGCCCUAAAGUUUCACCAAAAUCGCACUACUUCCGACGGCAAACUGACUAGUUUUAGGUGACCGAGAAAAUCUUCCUGUAAAAUAGAGAAAAAAUUGAGUUGGUCCAAAUAAAUGUGAUAUUUCUUCAUGGGAUAGGAUAGUCAUCUUCCACUGAAAAAAUCAGGGCAAUCCGUGAUAGACCGAAAUUUGCCUUAUCGGUUCUUACGCGGACAGCCUCUUAAGAGGGGGUUAAAGGUAUGCCCGCCCCAAAAUUUGAAAAUCAAAGAAUUUUGAAACCCUUUUAUGGCAUUUUCAAGAAUAGUUACUUCCAAAAAUCAAACCUAGUUUGCCUCAUGCCAGCUACGUCCCUGAUUUCUCAUCCUUUUGGAUAAUCAAAAAUUAGAAAGGAACAAUCUCUCAAACGGAAGGCUUAGGUAAACUGAAUUUAUUAUCGUAUGUACGUUUUGCGAUAAGGGGAACCUAAAGAUUCAACAUUAUUGGUGUCGAUUUUUGUGCACUAACAUGGUUAAGUUUAUUUUACUAUACGAGCAGCAAAUUUUGUUUUACCCUGAUGAAUCUUGAUGCCGUAAAUGGUGGACUAAAUGUACUUUUUAACCGUUUUUCAUUAUGCUGCAAAAGUAUAUAGCACUGAGUUCAGUAUAGGACUAAAUUAAUUUUGUUCUGAACGUAGGAAAUGUUGAACUACACUUUGAAGCCAAAUUUCGAAUACCAGGUAAUCCAUAUGUACCUUUUUUUAUAUUGGGUGUAUUCCUAAAGAAAGUAUUAUCAUUUCUGCUACGUACAGUACAUUGAUUGCUUUUUCGUCUACAAACAGCCCUCUCUUUGGGAAAGUUACGGUUCGACUGAAGAAUCCAGCAAAAAGCUGUCUUUCAGGACUGUGGCCAAGUAAGUGUAUUUUAAAACGAACAAAACAAUUCAGUUCUCGCUUAAAUAUAAACAAAGAAAUCUUUAUAUCUUUUCGUAAUAUCAAAUUAUACACCCAUUGAAAUUUCUCGAAAAAUUUUUAAACAAAGUUGCAUGAACUCUUAAAAUAGCUAAAGGAUGCAAGUGAUGAAAAACACGUUUAAGAUUAUUUACUGAACACGACAAAAAUUGCAGCAAGAUAAGGUUUCUGUUGUGGUCUGGAAUUGUCUUCUUUUCGUAUUAACUUGUUAUCCUUAUACCGCGAACAUUCGGAGAAGGCAGGAACCCAUAACCCAGAGUAAGCGACUCCGUUAUGCCCAUGCAACGGCGUUUUUAAAGACCAAUUAAUUUUUAGAUCAAUUUCCCUGCGAAUUUUGAUCAUUUUAAAAUAAGUCUUGCAAAUCUUCCAGGAAAAAUCGGAGACAAGAAAAUAGUAUCUCUGUUACUGAUGUUUUGAUAGCAUUUAAUUUUCUCUUUGUCGUUAUCGUACUAUGGAUGUGCACGUAUAUGGAACGGAGCUUCCAUUUUUUCGAGAAAAUACUCGAACAUGGUGCUAAAAAUAAACUGAUCUGUGAAAACACCGUUGUAUAGGCUAAGGGUUCGAUUUGCACUCUCCGGGUUAUGGGCUCCUUGAGAAGGGUUGUAUUACAGCCCUGCGGUCUCUAUUUGAAGAUGUGGAGGUCGCCGGACCAAAAGUUCAUGUUUUGAUCUUUCUACAGAGCUGUUCUUGUAGCUGUUUUUCUCAUGAGAAAGGUUCUGCGUAAGCGUCACAACGCUACCAUUCUGUUUGCCACAGAGACCGGCAGAGCGGAAGACUGCGCUCGGAAUUUGGCCAAGAUAAUGUCGCAUGCUUUCGACGUAAAGGUUUGUUCGUAAGAAACAUGCACAUCUUAUUGAUUUUUAUAAAUACUUGACAAUAAAUAAUCAUUAAAAGGUGGCGUUCAUUGCUUGACUCUGGGAUUCACAUUUUAAGACUGGGAUUGGUUGUCUCUAUUUAAACCCUACAAACUUUAGCAGUUGCGUCUUAGGUUAGGUUUUAUUCGACUGGCCCCUUUGGACAGUUUUAGGGGAUCCGGAAUUCUGGCGAAGAGUUAUGACAGGAGUUUCGGUUACGGCCGCACUAUGGCGAUGAAGAUGAUAAUGGUGAUGAUAUUUACUUCUUAUUGUAAGGUGUAGUGGGAAAACAGCAAGAGAACAAACCGAAACUACAAUCAGGGACAAAACUAGUUGACACACUUGUUUAAAACGAGUGCUUUUAUCAAGUAUUAAGUUCAUUUAUCUUUUCAUUCCUUUUAAACGCCGUAAAUCCUCUCACCCCCCGAAUCAAUGUUGUCUGAAGUAAAAGAAAGACUUGAGAGCCCAAAAUACAACAUUGAUUUUGGGGGGAAGGGGUUGGGGUAGACAGGGUAAGAGGAUAGGUAUGUCCACUUUUCAAAAAGGGGCCAUUUUACGGAAGUGUCUCAACACUUUUGCCCCUCAUUGUAGCUCUGAUUUGAAAAGAAACAUUUGCCUACCAUGAUCCAAAAAAUCCGGGCAGAAAACUUCAUAAAAAAGUAUAUAUGACGCAAUCAUAUGUUUUUUUUUGUUCGGAGAAACGGUACUAGUAUUCUUUCAAACCUUUUCAUCGCAAGGAGUCACAGGGCUUCUUUUUUGCGUCCCCUUUGUUGUUUCCUCCCUCCUCUCCCUGCGUACUUUCCCAAGUGCUUGCUUAUCUUCCUUUUUCUCCUUUUUUGACUAUCUUCCUUUUUCUCAGAACCCUCUUUCUUUACACCCUCUCUCCCGUUCACCAAUAACUCAUGCUUAUAAUAUUCACUCUUAUCCUAGUGAAACGAUUGUCGUUUUUAUUGCCGGUUUGCACAUGAGGUCACGGUGGCUAAACAGGGGUCUUUUUUGCAUGAGCAUGCGCGACCGCUGAACAAGCGAUGUGCAUGGAGGCUCACCAUAGGGUUUGCCUUUAUCAAAAUGGCGCGUCUCAAAGCUAUCAUAGCGAUUAUUUUGCUCGUUGGUCUUGGCGAAUGUGCUCGUGAUUUAACAAAAUGUGUACUUUGCAAAAAAAAAAAAAAAAACUCUAACUUCGUCUUAACAAAAGCGAAGUAGACCGGCUUUAACAUACGCGAGCUACUAUCAAAUUUCAUCUCCCCACUUGACCUGGACAACAGCGCGCGUAUAUGUAGUGCCUGGAGGAUUGCGCUGACCUCAUCAAAGUCUAAACAAAGUGCAGAAACGUUUGUUGAUGCAAGUAAACACUUUCAAUUUUCUUUGUUUUGAAAUGGGAAAGGAAGAGAAAUAUUUAAAAAAAAAAACAUAGCAAAUUUCAGCGAGUGGGUUCGAAGUGCGCGAAAGCCGAUGUUCAGUUCAGCAGUGAAUUAAUAUAUGUUCUACAAUUUUCCCAGCACUUUAAAGCUACAAAAUUAAGAGCACACGAGAUGUAGAUUAGUCACCUGUUGAAAUGUUGGUGGUAGUCACUCUGUAUGUCUCGAACAAUAAAAAAAAAUGAAUAUCAAUGAGACACAGUCAAAACUGCAUUCAAUAGGACCGAAAUUAAAGUCCAAACUUGCGACCGAUUUUGAUGAAACAAACGGUUAGGUUUCCCAAGAAGUACAGUAAACAUGUGAUGCCGACCAAAAGUUCAAAAACAUUAGAACAUUUAAGUUCUGGCCAAAAGCAAAUUCCUGUAAAAGAUGCGUUACAAUGUUAGUCCACGCAAAAACAAGAAGUUCUACAAUUUUCCUAUAAACAAACAUUGUAUCGCUAAAUACUUAAGGCAAAAACUUUCUAUUCCCAACUGAUAACGGCGUGGUAGUCGCCCGCUGAUCGUUAUCAAUCCACUCCCGAAAUAUGGCUAAAUCAGCUAUUAACAAAUUAUUGACAGAAAUCCUCUACGGCAUCGAGAAACUGAUUUACAUCCGAUCUAUAGACAAACACUAAAUAAAGAACAUUUUGCUCAAUAGCUACGCAUCAGCAAUGCAUUCUAUGCCAAACUUUGCGGUUCUUAAAGGGCAAUCAAGACACGAGUCGAGCGCCAGACAACAACAAGCAGCCAUGUUCGUGUCAGACAUCCUUGAGAAACUUGCUCUUUCACCUCGUUCAGCGCAUCAGUCUCCACUUUAAAUCAACAGAUCUUUACUUAUUUUGUACAACGAAGGUCGUUCCUAAGUUCCUGCUACCAUUUCAAUCUUAAGCAAGCUUUCAAAGUGAACAAUUUGGUUCCUAUGACUAUACAGCACGGUCGCUGUCACUGGUCGCGUGCUCUUUGAUAAGUCAGCAGUCGCGCAUGCUCAUGCAAAAAAGACCUCUGUUUGGUGGCUAUAUUCUUGGUUUGCAACCACGUGACAAGGCGGCCAUGCUAGGGGUCAUUACAAUAAAAUUUUUUCUUUAAGAAUUUACAUGAAAAUAGAGUUUAGUUCUCAGAGGAGAGAAAUUCUUCUGUUUUUGACCACCAACAUGACCACCGUAACAUCACGUGCAAACCAGCAAUUAACGGUGAAGAACAGAGGCAUUCCUCUCCUCAGGAAACUAUACUCCAUUUUUAUGUAAAUUUUGCGCCGGAAAAAAUUCUAUUGUAUUGACCACCAACAUGGCCGCUUUGCCAUGUGGUUGCAAACCAAGAAUAAAAUAGAAUUUCACUUUUACUAAAAAUCAGAAUUUACUUAUCAAAUGAAAGAUGUUCACUUUAUGGCAGGUAUUAUGCAUGAAUCAAUAUGACCAUGCGCAUCUCGAUAAGGAACAUCUCUUGCUUGUGGUGACCAGUACUUAUGGUAACGGAGAAUCGCCAGAGAAUGGAACGAGCUUUGCCAGUUAUCUUGAAAGCAGGAGAAACAACAAUAAAAAAACCUCUUUGACAAAUCUUAAGUAAGCACAGAAAAAGAAAGAGCUGGUACAGCUCAAGAAAAGAGCAAUAUCAAUAAUAACCUCAGGAAAGUACAACUCGGCAAUAGACGUGGGGUUAACACCCAUUUUGGAGCAUUAUUACGUACUAUGUAGCAGGCUUUUUGAUAACAUUGUCAGUGAUUCAAACCAUAAAUUGAAGGCGCUCUUUCUACCAGACUAUGACAACUCACGCUAUAACCUAAGACGACAACGCCUUUUUUAUAUGCCAAAACUUUGCACGAACAGAACAAGUAAUACUUUUAUAUAUGCGAUGUCGAAACAGUCCGGGCUGUAGUUUUAUCCCGCUUAUAUUCAUGCUUUAUAUUUUAACAUAUUUCAUAUGAAUAUGUUAUAUAGAAUUUUUAAUAUUAUCUUAAAAAUCAGUUUUCGACCUAUUAUCUAGGAUUCAUUUGUAAUUUUCAAGUAUUGUGAAGUUUUUGUAAAUAAUUGCGUAAUUCAGCCUUUGGCUGCGAUGCAGUUUUAAUAAACUAUCUAUCUAUCUAUCGAUCUAUCUACAGCUCUUCAAACAAUUUUAACCUUCCUGCUGAUUUCAAAUCAAUUUUCACAGCUUUUGUUUGUUCAGCUUAUUAGUUACGUUUAUGUUCCUUAGAUAAUUUUCAAAUAAGAAUGUGCUUUUUAGAAACUACAAAGAGGAUUUGUCGCAUGCAAAAAAUAAAAAACAAAGUCACAAGUUUUUUUUAAACGACUCAACAUGACAAACCUUGAAUGGAAUAGCAAGAAAAUACCACUGGAAAGCUUCCACUUAAAUAACAACUGUAAAGUAAGGUCAAAACCUACCCCCAAACUAGGAUGGAUAAUCUAAGGGAACGUUAUUUUCUUUCAUAGGUAUUCAGUAUUUGGACUUGGAUCCAGGCUGUACGUUGAUUUCUGCGCCUUUGGUCACUAUGUGGAUGAUCAUUUGAGAGAGCUUGGGGCCCAGAGAAUUUUGCCGAUAGGGGAAGGGGACGAAUUGAGUGGUCAAGACGAAUCGUUCAGGGGGUGGGCCAAGGACGUUUUUAAGGUAACAGUGCUAAACAGUGUUAAUACGAACGCACAGGGAGGUGUCCUGCAUGGGACUCCAGGUCCCGUUUUUUGGACCUUACUUUUUGGUCUUUUUUUUUUCGUUACUGUAACUAUUUAUUUAGAGAGACUCAGACCAAUAAAGUUGAUAAAACAAAACAAAACAAACACACAUGGAUGCGUCAGCACAAGAGAAUAAAUCACAUCCUACUGAUAAAACACAACGUGCAGCGUGUUUCGAAACAAAGGAGUUUUGCCUCGUUGGAAAAUACUUUUAAACAAACUAUUCUAUUCCAUAAGGAACAAGUACUUGACAGGCUCUAGCUCACAUGUCGAAGGUUUCGAUUUGAAAAUUUCUGGGUUUUUACCCUAAAAUUACGAAAAUAAGCCCCGGGGCUUAUAUUUUUCAAAGGGUCUCUUUGAGGGACUUAUUUUUGGAGGGGCUUAUAUUCGGAGGGAAAUUUGCGUUUCAAAAUCGAUUGGGCUAGCCUUAUAGUUGGAAGUAAAUUUACCGUUUUUGCUUUGUUUUACUUUGUAUUUGAGGCAAUUUUCCAAGUACAAGCCCCCCGGGGAGCUUAUAUUUGGAGGGGCGAUUUAACGGAGGGUUUUUUGAGUUACCGUUUUGGGGGGCUUAUAUUUGGAGGGGCUUAUACAUGGAGGGGCUUAUUUUCGGAAUUUUACCGUAUUUUAUCCCUAUAGACAAUAAUAACUGAACCCAGGGUUAAACGAUUUGAUGAAAACCAUCCACCUCAAUACUUGUCUAAUAAGAAAUGCUGUCAAUUUCAGGCCGCAUGUGAUUCUUUUGGUCUGACCAAUGAAGCCACAAGUAAAGUCGUCAAUGUUUCACUGAAAAACAUGGCUACCGACUGGUUUCCAGGCCUCUACCGCUGGGUGAAACACCGAAUAACACAAGAGGGGGACUUGUGCUCUAGUAAGUCGCUUUUAGGACGUAGAUUUUGUUUUAGAAUGAAAAUUGUCAACUGGUCGCUAUAUAUUUUCUAUUUGUUUAGGUCUCUCCAGUAUUUACAGCAAAACUGUCUGCCCUGCAAAGGUCAUUUCAGUGACUGAGUUACAAUUGAGAGAAUCAAGGUAUUGUUUUCGCUCAUCCACAGUUAAAAAUUGGCUAAAAAGUCUCGCGCUGAAAACGAGUCUCGAUUUUCUGUGGAGUGUCAUCAUGCGUUUAGCACUGACUACAUGUAUCUGUCUUAAGCUUCAAACACACCUCCUAUAAAAACACAAAGAAACAAUCUCAGGGAGUUCUUCGUAAAAACAAAAAUCGGCUCGUGAAAAUAUUUCUUUCAUUGCAACUUGUUGACCAUCGUGCUGCCUUAACUUAUUUUGAAGUAUGGUGCUUACAAGUUUACAUCGCAGAAAGCGUUAAACUAAAACAAUCUUCAACUGACAGCAUUUUAUUUCGUACUUUCUUUUCCUCAGUCGUUCGACAAUUUUAGUAUCCCUGGAUAUCCACGGAAACAGCAAAGAACUGACCUUUGAACCUGGCGAUCACGUGGCAAUAUUUCCUGCUAACAGAGCCAGUUUGGUGCAGGACUUAGUGGGCUUGACGCAUGACAAACCGGAUCCAAACUGCCCAAUCAGGAUUGAAGUCGCGCGAGAGGAUCCAAGUAAGCCAUAAGCAUCUUAUUAGUAGAAAUGUUCAAAUGACGGUACGUAAGUGGAAAUGAUACUUAAUCAGGAGCCCCUAAAAAAUCUUCUAGUAUUGUCACUAUAAAUUUGGUUUCACCAUCUUUGUCUGGUAAUAUAAUGCUUGGAAAUGGAAAACUAGAAGAUGAAAAAUUAGUUUUUAUCCCUCUGGAUUCAGGUUCUUACUAAUCAAAUAAAAAUCUAGAAAAAGUAAAGUGGAACUCCUACUGAAUGUUAUUGAGCGUCAGUGGCCUUAAGAGCGGAAUUUUUUCAAUAAUUUUAUUUAAGAAUUAUCUGUUGUUUCACCUAACUAGGCGGAUCAAGAGUGUGGGAGCAGUUCCAUCGUUUCUCUGUGGGGUGCACUUUACGAGAAGCGUUGUCAAGAUACCUCGAUAUCACAAGUGUUCCAACGCCGCAGAUGCUCAGCUACUUAGCAAAGCUGGUAAGUUAAUCUAACAUGCUUGGAAAUGAUAAUCUACAUGAAAUCAAGUCACUCUGUUAAAGUUUGUACAAUAGUGUCCACAUUUCUUAGCACUGCAGUUCUUCCGUAGGUCUCUUAUACAUAUAAACCGAGUAAACAAAACAUCAUUGGACGUUUACAUAACACUUUGACAUGCCUGGGUGUUUCCUGGGACAGUUUAUUUUUUUAGAUUUUACACAAUAAUUUGCAUAACGUGUGAAAUAACUACUAUGUUUUUUUGUCAUUAGUUCCGAUUUAUUUUAACUAACUUUAUACAACUUUAAGAACUUAAUCUUAAUAUUUUUUGAUACUAUCGUAGGCAACAAGCCCACUGGAGAAGACGAAGCUUGAAACGUUGAGUAAGGUAAUCAGUUUUGAAAUGGUCUUACUUAACAAGUAAGGAGGUAGUCAGGCUUUCCCAUACUUAAGAGAAGUAAUAAUAUUUUCUGACAUGUUUUAAUGCAGGGUGGAUCUGAGUAUGAAGACUGGGCUCUAAAGAAGGAGUGCAACAUUGUGGAGACUCUGCAUGAGUUUUCUUCCGUGCGAGUGACCGCUGACUUGUUACUGACACAGCUUCCGGCUAUGCAACCGGUAAGACAGUGGCCAUAAAACAGCGUGAUUUGUGAUAUUUCUAAUAAAAAUAAUAAAUGGCACAUUCUCUCAAUGGUUGAUUGUCUACCUCUUCCCCAACCGAUUUGAAAUCUUGAUUUUUUGAAAAGAUAAGACUACAGUACCAAGGGAAACGUCUCGAAGCAAGGAAAAGAACAAACAACAAACUCAACCCAAAUAUGGCACGCCCACGAGGUUCAAACGUGGGGCAAAUUAGAGGUUUAUGAAUUCUAUGAAACGUAUGCGUGACAGUUACUUAACUCUAUAUUUGCCAUUUAAUUUGUUUUUUAAAACAAAAAUCAGCAUGAGUGUAAUUAUACGGAGGUAAAUUUAGCAGAUUUUGCAAAAUGAAUAUAAUCAUGAAUGAUAAAGUCAUUAACAGUCUCCUUCUUACAAAAGGUACAAUACUGAUUUUUACAGAGAUUCUUCUCAAUAUCGUCUUCCCCUGACGUUUAUGCAGACGAAAUUCACGUAACAGCAGUGGUGGUUGAAUAUUAUAAGAGAGGUAAGUGGCAAAAAGCAACAGCACAAGGCAGAAAAUUUAUUUAUUUAAAAAUAAAAUUUGAAAGCAAUUUUUAAAACACAUUAACUUAAUCUGUGUCACAGACUGGAAAAAAACAUCUUUCUUAAAAUACUUGUGUUUUUAAACUUUCUUCAUGUGUUUAACCUCACCUUAGAGUCCGCUGAAUAAAAUUAUUUAGGGGCAUUUUUACAGCUAUAGUCUUCACCUAAGGAAACAGGGAAAAAGAUAUAUACUCACAUGUACAACUCUUUGUAUUACCAUUUUUUUAAAAUACUAGUGAGAAGCACUCUGUGAACUGUAGCUGUAAAACUUGUUUAUUCUCCUGUGUGUUUCGUCUAACUAACGUGGACUUCUUAAGGGAGUUAUUUUUUAGAAAUGUUGCCGCAUCGUGCCGUAGGAAAAAGUCAAGUCCGUAAUUUAAGACACGUGACGAUGAUCACUCCUUCCUUUCAGAGAGAAGAGUAAGGGAAACAGUGUACCAAAAUGACGGCAAAAUUGAACGCUUUCAAAAAUUUGUAAAAAAAGCGCAAAAUGUUUUCGAAGAAGUUCUUGUUGUAAUGUGUUCUUUCAGAUAAGAAAAUAAAAAAAUAGGUUAUAGGCUUUUUAAUUUAACGCUUUAGUGCCUGCGGUAUAAAAUCUUUUUCUAUUCUAUGUCAAAGUAUCAUUUUGUUUCGAAAAUAAUUUAAAUAAAUUCAAAUAUGCAGAGGCUCCUCCGUAAUUAUUUUCACUACAUUUUUUUUACAGGAGGCCAAGGACCACUUCAUCAAGGUGUGUGCUCCAAGUGGCUCCAGGAGUUAAAACCUGGAGACAUGGUUCCCUGUUACAUUAGACGGUAAGCUUUUUACGCUGCAUAAGGUCGGUUAUCCUGUGACUCUUGAGUCGAAAAGAAUUUUUCAAGCGUUCAAGUAUGCUCUAGGGUUUUCAAGUGUCUUAAGUGAAGUAUUAUUUCCCUCUUGCCUUCUUCAGUGCCCAGUCCUUCCACAUUCCAUCGGAUAGCUCUGUGCCAGUUAUCCUGGUAGGGAAUGGGACGGGUAUCGCACCAUUCCGCGCAUUCUGGCAACAGAGAAUGUUUGAUAUGAACAACAAAUGUCCACCAAAGUCAGCAAUAACAGGUCAAAGACAGUGGGGAGACAUACGACUGUUCUUCGGCUGCAGAAAUCCGCGACACGACGAUAUUUAUCGUACUGAAACUGAAGAGGCAGUGGGAAGGAAAGUUAUAACGGAAUUAAGAACGGUGUACUCGAGAGAGGAUCAGACGCCCAAGGUACGGCGGGUAUCAAGACAGCGGAAGUGAAAAGUAAACGUAUAAUAAUAACAACAACAAUAAUAUUAAUAAUAAUAAUAAUAAUAAUAAUAAUAAUAACAAUAAUAAUGACAAUGACAAUAAUUAUGAAAAUGACAAAAAAGUGCCGUUAGACACUAACACCAACAUCUUUUUCUAACAGAAAUACAGACUCUGGGUGAGUUCAGCUGUAGAGGUUAUUAAAGACAUCAUACCAUUUCCGUUAUUUAAAUCUCACGAAGCCCGUUUGUUUUUGUCCAAUGAAUAAACCUCAUGGAGGUGACUAAUGACGCAGUUUUUCUCAGAAACAACCACAGUACCCCUCUUUCAUGUUCCGCUCAUUCUUUCCGUUCUUUAAAGUACGACAGUAAAUUUGCUAAGGAAAGCUUUUUUUGCAGAGAUACGUUCAAGAUCUUCUAAGGGAAGAUCACUCUAUUAUUUGUGACCUGAUACUCCACAGUAAAGCGCAUUUGUAUGUGUGCGGAUCUGCUGCUAUGGCCGAAGAUGUCAAAAAAACAUUACAGGUACUGAUUUGAGAAAUAACUGUAGGGGUAUGGAUAAUUAUACGAAAUAAAUAUCUAAUGCGCCACCUUCAUUCACACCAAAGCUUAAACAUGUUUGAAAGUUGUUUGGGUUUCGAUAUAGUUUAACACAGUUUAGAAUUGUUUCCCUCGUAAAAACUGCUUGCUGACUUCUACGACGUUGAUUGCAAAUUUAGUGCUAAUCGCUUUACAUUGUGAAGUCCAUUUAAAUCCUGUGUAGAAGCCUGUUUUCUGGUUUUCCGUGUCUGUUUUGCAUUCAUUUAGACCUGGUUUAAUUAAACUGGUUAAGUCGGUGUGAAUGGAGCGUAAGAGUUGGCCAGUUGUUUAGUAAUUACAAGUUAGUUUUUUAAUCAUUAAUUAAUCCAUCAAUUUAAUUAUAUUAAUGUAUCACUUCUACUUUCUGUGCUCCUUAAACAGAGUUUAAUUGCUGAUCGUCUAAAUCUGUCUUCCGAGGAAGCGUUGAAAUUCAUCUGCAAUCUGAAGGUAACUAAGACUCCCCAAAGUUAAAGAUGAAUCAGAUGAAUUGGGGCAUUUGUGUCUGUGAAGACAUUGUGAAAAUGGUCUGUUUAGUUACCGGUAUGUUCCGGGUGUAUCUCGGUAGCAACGGUGAAAAAAGCGAACAAACAGAAAAAAGAGAGCGUCCAUUUGGGUCUUCUCACGACGUCACGAAUUCCAAGCUUAUUUUCUGCUGCGUCUCUCGGUGCCCGAGUACAAGAAGAAUUUCGAUGGGAAACAAAUGUCAGUCCCCACCACCAGAAAUCUAAUUCUUAGUUUAUCUUUCUCUUUUUCUCUUUACUUCAGUCUUCAAGCCAAUAUCACGAGGAUGUAUUUAGUGUCGCUCAACGAAAUAAAGAAACAAGACAAACAAACGGAGCAGGUACAAAUUAUUUGUGUUUGUGGGGAUUAAUCGCCUGGCGAGUUUGGACGUCUCAAAGUGGAUGGUUUGGAAUCCAUCUCUGCCACUAUAUUAUUUCCUGACAUGAAAAGCUUUGCUUUACCAAUUGGUUCUUUAGUUUCAAUUGGCACACAAUGCAUGGAAUAAGGCUUGCAAAUACGCUAGUUGGAUAGGUGAUUGGUCUAUCAGGACUUCAGGCAAACUUCUGAUUAAAAUCGGUUAAAAGUGGCUUAAAUUGGUUCAGUAUUACAAUUAUUGAUUUUUAAAUUCCUAUACUAAUAGAUUAUUUAGACUGUCGUUUUGAAUUAUCAUAACGGGCAAGGCACAACAAUUUUUUUUAAAAUCUAUCCUCUAGAUGUUGAAGGGGGAGCAAAAAGAGGAGAGGGGAUACCCUCUCCCUUUCCUCUCUUUCUUACCCCCCUCCCCCGCCUUUAACGCCUGCUACGCAGGCUAUUUAUCUUAAGAUGAAUAUUUCUUGGCAACAGAACUUCGUCAGUUGAGACUGUUGAUCAUUUCCGUUUUUCGUCUCACGACCCUUAUGACCGAGGGCGCUUUCCAUUUGUCAGAACUGGCUGGCCAGACUCAAUCUCGUUCCCAGGGUUCUCUCCUACCCGCCCGCUACGUAGGGCGGGUAGGAGAGAACCCUGAGAACGAGGUUGGGCCAGACCCUUCCCGACCAAGAGACUAUAAAGGGGACAGAGAGGGCAUCCCCCAUAUACACCCUAUUCCAUAGGUAAUUUGUCUCGAGUUAUUUUUAGAAUCGGGAUAAAGUUACCUCGCGCGAGGCGUGGAUGUUUCGUGGAGGUUUCGCAUGACCAAACGCAGUGCAAAACAUGUCGGGCGAGAGGCAAUGAAAGCGUAAAAAGAUCGAGAGCAUUCCUGAAUAUUGAAGCGAAAUGAGUCGGCGCUCACCUGGGAAAAAGGAAUCGCUGGACUCUUUGAUAACCCGUGAAAUCCGUUUAACUCGAAGUUGUCGUAACCUCAGUGCUUUAAAAAAUGAGAAAUUUCGCCGGUGUAUUGAAACCGGUCGUUUGUACAAUUUAGGGAGUUUAAGAUCCAACGACGCGGAAGACAACUAGAUCGUCAAAAAAACAAUAGGUUUAAUUAGCAAAACAACAAAUUCGCACGUGCAACACACUUUUUUGUUCAUUUCUUUCCCGUUUUUGCACGACUACGCCGUGAAAAUGCCUAAUUUCGCGUUUUAUGCAGGACGUAAAUAAGCAACGACGAAAUUUUAUUUCUCUUUCUGAGCUUGAAUAUGGUCCCUUGAAAUUCAGCUUUAGGAGGGUUCGCCCACAAUUGACAAAGUAAGUGGGUAGGAAUAAUCGCUAUAAAGACUGAAAAAAAUAAACAUCAAACCAGAAAUUGCUCUCUUCAAACUGUAAAUUAUAAAUGAUCCUGAGAGAAUAUUCAGUUUGUUAAGGAUUUCCCUGCUCUACUGUUAGCUCUAUGCAAGAGAGGAAGGGCGAUUCUUUUUUAAUUUCGGUUUCGCUGACACAGCUUUCGCAGAAAUCUCGCUGUAGUCGUUUUCGUCGACAAAAGGAAUAGCAAAAUCGCUCUCCGCGUCUUCCCCCAUUUUGUUCUGCGUCAUUUCGUGAAGGACGCGUGGCUCUCAGCGUGGGUCAUCCACGCAGAACACAUUCGCGCUAUGUGAUUGGCUGUUGUCUAAUCCCCCUUGAGAUCUGUGGUGUUAAAAAUAACUCGAGACGAAUUAACUAUGGAAUAGGGUGUAUAUGGGGGAUGCCCUCUCUGUCCCCUUUAUAGUCUCUUGUUCCCGACGUAAUGACAAUUUCACUAUUAAUCAAGACUAUCGAUCCAGAUUAGUCAAAUCCUAACCUGAGAUCAGGCUCAAUUUUCGUUUCGCUUUGUAAAUAACACUCCGGCGACAAGGGCGGCAAGGCGGAAACUUUUAGCGGUAGCCGUUAGAGAGAAUGUAUGAGAACCUCUAAAAUUGGGGCCUGAUCUCAGGUUAGUCAAAUCCUGAAUAGUCAGGAAGGAAACAAAAACCCUUGGAAAAAGGCGAUUUCAAUGUCAAAAUGACUGGUCCGGCUGGCCAGUUAAAUUUCUGACAAAUGGAAAGCGCCAUGAGUGAGCCGAGUGUACCAUAAGGAGAUAUUAGAUUGUUAGUGACUCUCUGGGAUAAGGGAUUAAAGGUUUACAAAUGUUGGUUGUUUGAGGCCCAUUCACAGUGUUCACUUCCUUAGAUAAGAAGUUUGCUCUGAUUACCGGCGAUGCAUAUUGCGAAAGCUCAGAGAUUUAUAGUUAGCUUCCCAUCCAGUGUACUUUGACUCGUUACGGCUUUUUUUUAUAAAUAUCCUCUAAUGAAGCUUGAAAAUAAGGUAAAAAUGAGAGGAAGACUAAUUAACCCUCUAGGUUUUGACCAAGGAUACUAUAAGAGCAUAAGUUAGAAUCGUCACUCUUAUAUUUUCCAUUGCGGAUAUCAAAGCAAAAGAAAAGAGAAUAAAGUCUUGCAUUUUAACUUACCAUAUGAGUCAAUGUUAACCUAUUUUCGUUUUUUUUUUGUUCUCAGAAAACAAGUGAACUGAAGAUCUACUAUAAGUCUGAAAUUUUACCUUAGUGCCAGCCGGCGACAUUCGUGAUGGCUAUUUCACUUUCAUAUUUCCUCGUUUCUUCUCUUGCGGCCUGGUUGAAGUUUUUUCUUUUAUCUUCGAAAAAUUGGAGUUAAAUUUAAUGGGCAUAUAAUUAGCUAUGAAUUCACUUUAUCGUGUCCUUCUCAAUUUAUUUCUCUCAUUGUCAACGUCAUGAACUAUUAAUUGUAGUUCUAUGAAAUGAGUAGAAAAUAGAAACACAAAUAAAGUACAAAUGAUGUAACUUCAUCUUGGAAACUGAUCCUAACGCCUAGCUAUCCUAAAGUGGUGUCUUACAACUUACAACUUAAAAUCAUUGUGAUCAUUGUGAUUGGUUGACCUGCUUUGGGUUCUUAUGAACUUACUUCGGGAACGGUCAUAGGAAAUUUCUUUUGUUCUUUUUGACGUAUCUAUGGAAAUUUGCUAGAGGCAAUUUCAUCUUGGAGAAAUUGGUCACCGUGACAAAAAAAAAGGUUCCUCCCCGUGGAUAUCAGCUAGAGCCUUUUACCCAAAGGUAAAAUGGUUAGUUUGACUGUAGCUUAUACUUUCGGGUAAGCCUAAAGGCAGAAAUGACCUGAUUGAAGACAAAAUUCAACUACAAUACAACAUUUAAUGUGAAUUUAAAGAAGCUGUAAACUCUUUGGACAGUUGACUUUGAGCUUUAAGAAAUAAAGAGGAGCGAACUCAGAGGUGUGGGGUGAGGUAUAGGUAUUCUGGGAACAAAACCUAUCUUGAACCCUAGCUCUAUCAGUGACUUCAUUACCCAUCGCUCUGUUUUGUUCCAUUUUUCAUAUUCUCCAGUUCCCCUUGUUCGUUCCCCGUUCCUCGUUCCCUCGCAGUUUAGUAACAUCUUACUGCAGAAGAGGAAAUAUCCGACACAAAAUAAGGAAGGCAGAUAUCAUUCCAAGAUUAUUGUUUGUUCUUUAUUUAAAUUUCCCUGUAUAUAUCAGCAAAUUGUAUGUACACAAUACACCCGCACACGAACAAAAAAACGAAACAAAACAACAGCAACAAAACAAAACUGACAAGAAAGAGACCAAGGAUCAUUCAAAUAAAAACUUUUCACCAUGCAGUACCGUUAAAUAGUUCUGUUUGUUUUCAGCCGGUUUUUUUUACAAAUAAAAUUACAGUUUCGCAUUUUUCCUUGUUCUUUUAUUUGGCACACUGAUUGAAAUGAAAGGA